AUGAAGCUCUUUAGACUGACCCUGUUGGGUCUCUUUUCCGCUCUCUUCUACUCAUCAGCUCAAGCCCAGGAAGCAAACUCUACCUUUUUCAACCCAGUGCUCCCAGGCUGGCACUCGGACCCAUCCUGCAUACGGGUCGAUGAUACCUUUUACUGUGUAACUUCUACCUUUAUUGCCUUUCCUGGACUGCCGGUCUACGCAUCCAAGGACCUCAAGAACUGGCGUCUCAUCUCACAUGUGUGGAACCGUGAGAGCCAGCUACCAGGUGUGUCCUGGAACACUACUAUCCAGCAGGAUGGCAUGUGGGCGCCCACGAUCCGGUACCAUGACAAUAAUUUCUGGGUUAUCUGCGAGUAUAUUCUCAAUGGUGCUACCCUAGAAGAUGUUGGUGACGGUACUCUUGGCGUUCUCUUUCGAACAGCAGACCCCUGGAGUGACGAGGCUUGGACAGACCCGUUGAUCUUCCACCCCAACAAGAUUGAUCCUGAUAUCUUUUGGGAUGAUGACGGCAAGGCCUACGUCGCCACACAAGGUAUUGUUCUCCAAGAGCUUGAUCUUGUGACAGGAGAACUUACUCAGCCGGCUAUCAGUAUCUGGAAUGGUACUGGCGGCAAUUGGCCAGAGGGUCCGCAUAUCUACAAAAGAGAUGGCUGGUACUACUUGCUCAUUGCCGAAGGCGGCACGGGAUCCAAACAUGCUGUGACUAUUGCUCGAGCAAAGGAGAUCUAUGGGCCUUACGAGUCUAACUCAGCUAACCCCAUUCUAACCAACCGCAAUACGACAGAAUACUUCCAGCGAGUAGGACAUGGGGAUCUGUUUGAUGAUAUCGAUGGCAAUUGGUGGGCUAUUGUACACGCUUCAAGAUGCGGAAGCGAGUUUAAAGUCCACCCAAUGGGCCGUGAGUCGGUCAUCGCCCCUGCGCGCUGGGACGAAGGUGGAUGGCCAGUCAUAGACACAGUGCGAGGCGAGAUGGAGAUGUGGCCCCUGCCCGACGAGAAUAGGGAUAUCCCUGGUGAUGGCUACUUCAAUGGCGACCCGGAUGAAUUUGACUGGGAUGCUCCAUCUGUCAUUCCAAAGCACUUCUUGCACCACCGCGUCCCGAGAUACGAAAACUUCAAGUUCACUGAUGAUGGCCUUGAGAUAGUUCCCAGCAGGAGCAAUCUCACCGGUAACUACGACGGCGACAUUUCGCUCACUGGCCAACGAGGCAUCUCGUUCGUCGGACGAAGACAGACGCACACAAUCUUCAACUUCAGCGUCGACGUCUCUAUUUCGGCGACGCAGGUCGGCCAAGAAGCUGGCAUCACUGCGUUCCUUGCUCAGGAGAAUCACAUGGAGAUUGCUCUAGCUUACCUCAAGCCUUGUGAUGAAGAGGCGGGCCUAUUUGUUCGUUUCCGCUCUCAUGGAGCUCUAAGAUCCCCGAGUGCACAGUUCCGCCUCCCCUCCGACUGGGUUGGCACAGAGUCAGUCCGCCUCCACAUUCAGGCGAGAGAUCCUGAAAACUAUAUUCUCGGUGCCUCGCUGGGGGACGGAGAGAUGCUCGAGCUGGGAACUGCGUCCGCGGAGCUGAUUACUAGACUAGAUAGCGCGAAGAGUGGCACAUUCAUUGGGGCUCUUCUUGGAGUGUACGCCACGUGUAAUGGCGCAGGGGAGGGACUGGACUGUCCAGAGGGAGGACUUGGCAAAUUCCAGAGAUGGCGAUACUCUCCUAUCGCGCAAUAUGUGGACUAUGAUAGAUCCGUUCCUGUUUAG